AUGCCGGCAGCGGAGACUUGGGUCGGUGCAGUCGGCUCACUCAAGCCAGGGAAGGAAGCGGACCUUUCUGCUCAGACAGAGACUGACCGUUUCCGGCAGGCGCUGUGGCAGGCCGGGAGUUGUGAGCUUUCUUUCGGCUGUGGGCGGUGGGCCUUGACUGUGACCCUCGCAGCCCACUCCCCCCCAGCCUUCGCCCCCGUCGGGACGGGGUGUGCGGGGCCGGCUGCCCCCUGGCAGGCCCCGCCGCCGUCCCGGCCUUUCCCCGCUGCCUCGGCCCUCGGCCGACGCGGGAUUCGCGGAGAUUCGGCCCCAACGAAUUCCUGGCGGAGACAGGGCAGUCGUGCGCGGCCCCUGGGCGCUGAGAGCCCCGGUGCCCCGGGGAGUCUGGCACCCCUGGGACGCCUCGCCCGAGGGCCUGGGAGCGCGGGAGGGGCCCGGGGAGAGCGCGCGAACCCGGCCUCCCGCAGCCAGCGAGCGCCCGGAGUCAACGCGUGCCCCGGGAGCCGAGCGCCGAGCCGGCUGGCCUCCAGCAACGGGCGCGCGGCCCCGGGGCUGGGGAUCCCCGCCUGCCGGAUGCCCACCUCCCCGCGAGUCCCCGACAAGCUGGACGGGGUCCGGGAGCAGUGGGGCGGGGAGGGGGCAUUCGCCCCGUGUGGUUUUGAGUGUGAACCCUAGCUGUUGGCGAAGAUCCGGGAAGCAGAGGUAUUUCGGGGAGGGGUGUAUGAUGCCUCAUUUUGCUCAGUUUGUCUUGUAAGAGGGGAGGAGGGGUUGGAGGCAAAGCCUGGACUUUGGAGCCGGUUUGGGGGUCGUGUUUGUGCCGGGCUGCAGCCCCGCUCUCCUGCGUCGCCCCGCAUCUGGACAGUCUAUGGCCAGAAAGUAUGCAGCAGCCUCCGGGGCCAGCAGCCUCUCCAGGGAUCCUGAGGACUGGGAGGUGGGAGGAAGGCUCCAGUCUCUUCUGAGGUUCAGAGAGACUCUGGAAUCUUACAGCUGGGAGGCACUAAAAGCGCAUCUUAAAAGCACAAAUAAAGAAGAUAUGGCACCACACGGAAAAGGUGUGGGCCAGGCGACUCCAGUCCCAGCGGGAGAGGAGGGAUCUGACAGACCUGCCCAGGCAGAUGGAAACAAAUUCGGUGCUUCCGGGAGGCCAUGUCCGGAUUCCUCCCGGCCUGGUCCUGGGUGUUUCAGCUGGUGCAGGCUGGAGGCUGGCUACAGACCCCAUGUUGUGGCCAGAACCUUCUCCCCACGACCAACACAGCUUGUCAGGGCCCUGCCUGGUCAGCCGGUGGGCCUGGGAGGUGGGAGCAGGAGGGCCAGCCUUAGUCCUUUGGACCCAGAAUCCUCUUCUUCUGAGGAGAUCAGGCUCCAAGGGGGCCACGGGUGAGAGAUGGAUGAGCACUGCCCCUCCUAGACACAUUUCCCUUUGGGCUUCCUAGGGUGGGAGGUUGCCGUGUUUUGUCCCCCUCUGGUAUAUCAGGUCCAGGAUGGCUGCCUGGGUAGGGAUGAAGGACAGUGUCUCCGAUGGUUUCUGUGACUUCCCCAACCCCUCUGGAUACACACAGCUCUGUAUACCUGAACAAGACCCACACCCACUCCUGGUUUCUAGCCACAGAGUUUUCUCACUCUCCCAUCCCAAAGAAAGAGCCUCCUAUCCUUCCACUUUGUUCCCCCAGGAUGGCAUGUCUCCAGA